AUGGAUAGAGCGGUGGAAGAAAUGGCAAAGAAAUGCAGCACAUGUGCAGUGAUGGAUAGGGAUCCGGUGAAGACACCUCUACACCCGUGGGAGGAGCCGAAAGAAUCCAAGUGGCCGGAGGUAGCUAAAACGGGCACCACCACAGCCGAGAAAACGAUAAUGGCGCUGAAGGGGGUCACACCCCAUGCAGCAACGGAACAAGCACCCGCGGAAAAUGCUGAUGGAAAGGAAUUUGAAGACGACUCUGGAUAUACUAAGGACAGGAACUAUCGAGUCCUCAUAUACGUGUAG